AUGACGUCCGAAGGGAUUUUGCCCAAAUGUAAACACCUGAAAAGUGCUCUGCCGUACAUAAUACUUGGUGGUGUAUGGCCAGAUAUAUUCAACAACUUAUCACUCUUUUGGAAGAUCGUUUAUAAAAUGUUUUCUCUAUUAAUAUUUUACUCGUCUGUUGGCGUCACUUUGUGUAGUUUUGCCCAAUUUUACAUUUUAUUACAAGACAGACCAUUAUUAAUCACAGCGGAAUUAUUAACGAGUUUUUCACUUGCUAACUUAUGGUCAAUGGCAUCAGUAAGAGCUUAUGGUAUAAGAAAACCAAUAAUAAAGAAACUACUUAAGGGUGUUAUAGACAGCGAAAAACGAAUUUAUAUUGGUGACGAUAAGGAUUUUAUUGAUAUCCAGAACACCUAUAUAUCUAAAAAUAAUACCAUUUGCUUUGCCUACAGUACCUUUUUAAGUAUAUAUUUGGUCUUUUACUUUUUAACAUUCUAUUUCGUGACUUACAAAAUGUCGGACCCGGCAUUAUUACAAACUGAUGUAAUCAAGAAACCACAUAUUAUUGAAAUGUGGUUCCCAAUCGACAGAGACAAAUACUAUGCAACAACAAUAUUCAUUGAAGGAACUGUAUCGACCACCGUUACUUUUCUGGUUAUGGGUGCGGACUGUUAUUCAUUCAGUAUACAAACAUAUAUUGUAUCCCAACUGAAAAUGCUUAAUCACAUUUUCGAAAACUUGGAAAAGUUUGAGUUGAGAGUCAAAACCCAGCUUGGAUGUGAUGAGAAUGAAGCUAAGUUCCUGGUUUUAAGGGAGAGCAUUAUAUUUCAUCAAUAUAUUUUAAGAUAUAUUGAUGAUUAUAAUAGUACCAUGGAUGUUGUAGCUCUUACAGAAUUCAUACUUCUUUCUAUGCAAUUAGCUGCUUGUGUUUUACCGCAAAUACUAGGUUUAUCGCCUACUAUAGGAGUGCUCUUCUUGUUAUUGGGAGGCAUUAUUUCAUCCAAGUUUUUUAUCUAUUAUUGGUUCGCUGAAGAAAUAACUUCUGCAGCCAAUGAUGUAACUGAUUCUAUAUACAACAGCAAUUGGACCGAAAAACCACAAAAAAUUAAAUAUAUGUUCAUAUUGGUUAUGAUGAGAUCCAUGAAAAUGACUGGAUUAAGCAUUGGUCCUCUCGGAAUAAUGUCGAUGAGGGUCUAUUUAAUGUUAAUCAGAUCGACCUACUCAUUCGUGGCUUUGGUACAUUCAUUUACUUAAGCUAGCAACAAAUAUAUUAAAUUCGAAAUUUCACUUUAUGUAUGCACAAUUAGCAAUACUAUAUUUAAUGUUUGAAUUUGCACAAUAAAUGAACACCG